AUGUCCCAGGUCCAAGCUGCGACUGCCAGUCACCAAGAUUUCAACCUUGGCAAAGAUGAGGAUCACGAUCUCGAUGAUGACGAUUUGCCCCGUAGCAUUCUCGGAUCCCUAGUCUCCUUCGACGAUAUGGGCCAUGUUUUCAAAGCCUCUCUUCCCACAGACUUCUCUCUCGCCUGCAUUAUAGGCCUUGCGCAUGGAACAACUCCUGAGGCUGUCGUUGAUAUCUUUCGUGGCCUGAGUUUCAGAACAAACACCGACUGCCAUUAG